GAGCGCAAUCAAAGUUGGCACGAAACAUUCAUGUAUUCGUAGUGAUAUGUGUUUUACUCCUUGAAUUCACCGGAUCUUGAUCUCAAGGAACGAUCACGAUGAAUUGGUUUACCUGUUCAGUCUGUCAGCUUUCAUCGGAGGUUCGUUUAGCAGAGAGCUGACGUUGCGAUCACGGAUUUCUUGAGACUUGUGCGAGAUAAAGCAAGAACCGAGCGACCCGCAGGAUUUCACUUACUACUGUGGAUCAAGUACCGUAUUUACUGGAAUUUUACCCACUUCUUGCCCGUUGGAUCGGGAUUUCAUUUAGUGAGGUGUUGAAUCAGAAAUGGAUGGGAAUAUAGAGAAAGACUGUACGGCACUUGGUGCCUUGUUUAACCACAUUGUGAACGAUUUGAGGAGUAGUUCACCAGUAUGGGAAGAUUUUACAGUGAAGGCCACAAAGCUACAUACAACGUUAAGGACUACGUUGGUGGCCAUCAGUUCAUUUUUAGAAGCAUUUCAGAAGGUGGCAGACAUGGCCACAAAUACAAGAGGUGCGACCAAAGAUAUAGGGUUAGCCUUAACACGGUUAUGUUUAAGACAUCGCAGUAUAGAGAGCAAACUCAAGUCUUUCACAAGUUCUAUCACAGACAACAUGGUCAGUCCUAUACAGGAAAAACUUGAGGACUGGAAGAAAGCUGUGGUUCAAAUAGAUAAAGAUCAUAAUAAAGAGUGUAAAAAGGCGAGGGCAGAAAUAAAGAAAGCUGCUUCUGACACUGUCAGGUUACAGAAAAAAGUGAAAAAGGGAUCAAGUAAGGACAUGCAAUCCAAGCUGGACCACGCUCUGCAUGAUGUUCACGGGAAGUUCCGAGAACUGGAGGAGGCUGAAAAGUCUGCUGUGAGGAAGGCUCUGAUAGAGGAGAGGAGUCGAUUCUGCUUGUUUGUCACAGCACUACGACCUUUUGUGGAGAAUGAGAUCAACCUGCUGACAGAGGUGACCCACCUUCAGGAGAUCAUGGACAGCUUGGUUAAGAACUCCUCCAACCCUGAGCGCCUACCCCAGGCCAGCGAGCAGGUUCUCUUAGACCUUAAGGGCACUGAUAUCUCCACGUGGUCACUCCAGGACAACAUCAAACAUAGCCCACCAAGUUCGCCCAGCUCCAUGGGGUCACGGAAGUCAAGUAUGUGUAGUAUAAGCAGCUUGAACAGUUCGUCGAGUGGCUCCUCCAAAUCUCACUCUCCCAGUCAUCACUUCCGACCCCGCAGUGUCUCCCAGCCGAUCCCUGUUGGCACUGUUCGCUUGACCAGUGUCUCGUCCCAGGACUCUGGUUUUACCUCUCAGGAUACCAUAUUUCAGAGACCAGCCACCCCGAAAUCUCUUGAUCUUAGACAUCAGCAGGGCAAUAAUGCCGAAGCAGGCAGUACAGGGGAGAGCACCCCUACCGACUCCACCCCGUCUACGCCAUCAGAGCAGGCCAACACCCCAUCAGCUAGCUCCACUUGGAACAACUGGCCUGAACAGCCAAAGAUGGGGUCUAGCCAGGAUAGCAGCCGACCACACACAAUAUCCACAGCCUACGAGAGGUCACAUGCCCGACCUGCCUUGUCUGCCACACUGUUCGAGCCCCCAGUGCCGGAGGUGCCCGAGAAGGAAGGUUCUGCAGUCCUAAGGCACCCCCCACCCUCCCUAGGUGCCCGACCAGAGAGCAGUACCUCUCACUACGCCAGACCAGCCACCAUCAACAAGCUCCAGUCAGUGAUGCCCUCACUGGGACCUAAACCUAAGUCUAAGGCCGUCCCGCCUCCUGUCGUGCCCAUGAUGGAAACAGAUGAGCUGCCGGUGUAUGUUAACAUGAACGAGCUAGCCAGCAUGGAGGCUGAGAAAAGACAGCACGAGGGGAAGGACGGAGGAGAGACUGACAGCAAUGCCCAGACACCUGUCACCCCCCAGGACCAGGGGGGACUGACCACACCCCAGUCAGCGGGGCCAACACAGUCUCCGAGCGACCUGGAUAUUCAGGAGGCCAUCCGCGAUCUAGAAAACUGUACUGCCGCUCUUCACAGUGAUUAUGAAGAACCGGUAGAGCUGAGCAGUGCCCCCAAGCCUCCCAAAGGGCCCAAUCAGGUCCUUCCUCCGCAGAAACUUCAGAACUCUUUGGAGCUGGCUGAGGCUAUCCGAGAAUUGGAAGCCAGUACAGCUGCAUUGACAACUGCUUAUGACCAACCAGAUGGGAGCAAUGCGAGCCGUGGCUCUCUGCAGUGUUCCAGUGGCUACGGGACCAUGAACAGUACGCCAUCGGGCUCGGAGGACACCAUUACUACAGGAGAGUUGCUUGUUACCCCUGUUGAUAUCAUGUUGCCUGACCGAGAAAAGUAUUUCACGAUCCCUCGCAAUAGUGAGUUUCUACGGGCGUACAAGGCUACCCUGGAAGCUCGCAGGCCUGCAUCCACAGCAGGAAUUCCUGUCACACAAGUGGGAAUAGGUUCAUUGAAGCGGAAUGCUAAGCCACCCCCUCCUGUGCGCCGCAGUUCAUCUAUAACAGGAGGUCCUCCACCAGUGCUCCAGAAAACCCGCCGCUCUCCCCCUAAAGGCCCUCCUGCGAAUGCCCGCAUCGUGCUGGAUGGUCAGCACAGUAUGUUACACAGACGUAGCCACAGCAGCGGCAGCGAGCAAGCACACGAGGCCCUGGUCAAGAUGAAGCAUACUAAGAGUGCAGACAUGUUGGACGGACACUCUCAUUAUGCCACCCCCGAGGUAGGUGGGCAGGUGAUCGCCCCAUCAGCCGAAGUCAAUGCCCCGCCCUCACCCCAGUAUGCUGUUCCUCAUGUGACGGGGGCUGAGCCGCCUGUGAGCCAAGCCCAGCCCAUCUCUGGUAUCGUACAGAGUCUGAACGCCAAGUUUGCUGCUCUUCAGCAGACGCAAGUACAACAACAACAACAGCCAAUACAGCAGUUACCGCCACAACAAGCAAAACAGCAAACACCCCAACAACAACAACAACGACAGCCUCCUCAGACCCGCCCCAAACCACAGCAUCAAGUCCAAAACCCCAAGGCUCAGCCGGCAGUGUCAGCAGAGGAACACGGCCAUGCGUAUGGACAGACAUACGGACAGAGUCAGAACCACAGUUCAGUGUAUGCUGAGGUGCACACUGAGCGUGUGCCACUACAUCCACACCCUGAGGCCGAGGAGGACUUCCCGGAUUUACCUCCCCCUCCAUCUGAGGAAGAGUUGGCAGAAAUGAAUGCCCAGUUUGGGAAAAAGCCAAUGGAUGUUGUCAGAGACUCGCUGGUGACUGAGCUUAAACAUGGGCCACAGUUACGGCGGACAGGAACGCUAGAAAAAACAGAAACCUAUCAGAUUUAGAACCUAAAUAUAUAUAUAUUGCAUUGAGGCAAUGUUUUAAAGACAAUAUUCUGACCAUGUAUUCAGAAAACUUUGAGUUUUGUGAGUGGCCAUGUACUUGUAGAAGUUUGAAAACAUAUAAGAUCACCCAUUUAUUUAUCUGGUGCUGAAAGAUGUAAAUGCAAAAUGUGUAUUCAGAAGUUUGAAUUUGGUCCAAUAUAAAAUAUUUAUAUCAAAGAUUUGCUUAUUACGCAUGCUGCAGGAGAGAAGUACAGCCAUGCUCAUUGCUUCAUUGUGUAUAAUAGUACCACUCAAGUCAGCUCAUGGUGCACAGAGGUUCAGAAGUUCAUUUUGGACACAUAAGUUCAGACGUUCGUUUUGGUCAGAGGUUCAGAAGUUCAUUUUGGACACAUAGGCUCAGACGUUCAUUUUACUCAGAUGUUGAGAAGUUCAUUUUGGACACAUAGGAUUAGAAGUUCAUUUGGACAGAGGUUCAGAAGUUCAUUUUGGACAUGGAGGUCCAGAAGUUUCUUUUGAACAAAGAGGGUUAGUUCAUUUGGAUACAGAGGCUCAGAAGUUUAUGGUUCCAAUGAUUUCUAUGGUGUGGUAAAGUUUUAGGAAAAUGUGUUGAUGUUGAUGUUUGACUACCAGCAGAUACUUUUAAGAUGAUCACUGAACUUGUGGACCAGCAUUUAUUAUAUAGGACAUCAGUUUUGUAUUGGAUGUUUGAUGCAUAAUUUCUUCUUUAAGAAAGACCAUGUGGAACGUAUAAUUUUGUUUGCUGAAUGCAGGUGUACAUUGAGUAUGAUCCUUAGACAUGGCAAGUGUUGAUGAGCUGACUUGAUAAUGGGCUUAGCAUUUUCGCAUUCAGUUUGAAAAUUGAUUGGUUGUUCAUAUGUUAAAAUCUGGACCUAGUCCCCCCCCCC